GUGAUGGAAGAAGGAGUUAAUGAAAUCGGAAUUUCUCACAUUAUCCUAGACAAUCUCCAAUUUAUUUUGGGCAAUAAUGUUAAGCUGUUUGAGGAUAGAUUUAUGCAUCAAGAUAGAUUUGUCCAUAGGCUUCGAUCUUUUGCCACGAAAUCCGGUUGUCAUCUUACUUUGAUUGCGCAUCCUCGCAAGGAAGGAGAUGGAGAGCAACGCCUUACGCUAAAUAGCCUAUAUGGGGGCGCCAAAAUAGCACAGGAGGCAGACAACAUUUUAUUAAUUCAACAAGAAUCAGAUUCAGCAUUUCCGAAGAAAUACAUCCAAUUUUUUGCAAGUCUGAACCUUUACUAA